AUGGAGAUAAAAAGAACAUCUAAUAUUCAGGAUAUUCAGAAACAAGAAUUGACGUCUGACAGAUAUAAAAAAGUAACAAGAGAAAAAGAGAAUAAAUCACCAAAGAUAGGUAAAAAGAGUAUAACAUUUGAUUGCGAAUCUUCUGACACUGAUGAAGAAGUCGUUUAUGCUGAAAGUGACAAUAGUCCCUAUAUUAAUGAAGAAAGUAACUAG